ACCUCGUCAGCUGUUUGCGGGAUGCCCGGGGCGGGCGUAUUUUGGAAACAAUACCGCGCGGUGCGUCCUGGUCUCCUCCGCGCCCGCCAGCGCCGCCGCCGCCGCGGACCCGACCCGCGCCGCCCGCCUCCUGCCGCAGUCCGCUGGGCUUUCCCCUCCUUCCCCGUCGAGUCUGGGCGCCCAGCCCCCGAGUGUUCGUCACGCUGGACCCUGGCACAGAGCCCUGGCACCACGACUCGGAGGCCGAUUCUCUCUCCUGGAGUCACCCAGGGGAGAUGGAGCCACCUCAGUGUGUGGAGGAGCUGGAGGAUGAUGUGUUCCAACCCGAGGAUGGGGAGCCGGGGACCCAGCCUGGGAGCCUGCUCUCUGCUGAUCUCUUUGCCCAGAGCCAGCUGGACUGUCCCCUUGGUCGGCUGCACCUCUUUCCUCUCACCCACUGCUGUGGCCCUGGGCUUCGCCCCACCAGCCAGGAAGACAAGGCCACUCAGACCCUCAGCCCAUCCUCUCCAAGCCAGGGUGUCAUGCUGCCUUGUGGGGUGACUGAGGAACCCCAGCGACUCUUUUAUGGCAAUGCUGGCUACCGGCUUCCUCUCCCUGCCAGUUUCCCUGCAGGCUUGCCCCUUGGGGAGCAGCCCCCUGAAGGUCAGUGGCAACAUCGAGCAGAGGUACAGAUCGCCCGGAAGCUUCAGUGCAUUGCAGACCAGUUCCACCGACUUCACAUUCAACAAGUAGGCCUGAGGGCUGGAAUGGGGGAUGCAUCUGCUGGGGCUGGGAGCCAGGGCCUGCCUCGGUCCUCCUCAGCAGCUGGUCCCUGCCAGCACCAACAGAACCGGAAUCGCGCAUGGUGGCAGGUCUUACUCUUCAUGCACAACCUGGGUCUGAACGGAGAAGAGAACAGGGAAGGGGCAGGUCCCAGGUGAGGCCAGGCUGCCCUCUUUGCAUGGCCAUCAGGAACUCACGCAAUCUGGAACAGAAGGACAUUGGGGAGGACUGGCACUGUCUUGUGAAGUUGUUUUGUUAUUAUUUGUAACAGUUCUUUCUGUGUGUACAUACAACAUACCCCAGCAGGGACCUUCUUUCCGCUGUUCAGGGCCUCACCCAGAGAUGGAGGCCUUUGUCAAACACUGUCGAAGAAGAGGCUGAUGCCUGUCUGCGAUAAAGAAACUCUCUAGGGCCCUGGCAAGUCGAAUCUUCAGUCAGCCAGUGUGGUCCAAAAUGUGGUCCAAAACUAAAGUUUUUCUACAGGAACUCAGUUAAAAAAUAGGAGACUGGAUUAGACCCCAAGUUCCACCUGUCAGUCUUCCCCUUGCACUGGGGCUGUGACACAAAAGGAUCUUGGCCUGGGGCUUCCCAACUAAGGCUGGCAGUGUCGCCAGACCAGCCAGCUAGUUCCACAUCUAGGUUCUCACAUGGUCCAUCUGGUGUCCACCCCAAGGGCUCAGGAAUCCUUACCCAGAACCUGUGACCUCCAACAGACCUCAUGGAGGGUUGGGGUUCUCCAGGGAUCCUUUAAAGUGCCACUUUUGAAGCAGGCUUCUGCGUAGGCCUCAAUCUGAUCUGUGCCCAUGCAGAGGUCCCAGAAUUUGCCCUUAGCUGCAGAACCAUUGCGACUUCUGCUGCCUGGCUGUCAGCCACAGAUGAGCCAAAGCCAGUCACCAUGCUGCACCCAGCAGCUUGUGCCUUUGUCAGCUGUUUCCAAAAAUCACAGCCACCUAGACUGUGUUCUACCCUGGUAUCUCACUGAAGGACAUAAAGAGACAGGCUUGCAGCAGGGCUGGGAAAUGUGGUGGGCACCUCACUGAUGCAGGUCUGCCCCCCAGGACCCUGGACCUUAGGUAUCCUUGGAAAAAUAUACCUCCUCCCCAUGAACCCUCAUUCCUUUUUUCACAUCUACUGGGAUACAGGAAGAAGCCAGGACCAUGGCUUUGUCGAUGGAAAAGUGACUUUUAUAGUAAUAGACAAUGAUUAGAUUGUGGGACCAUCAAAGCUGGAUACACGUUUCCUGUGUUCCUCCAGCUUCUACUAGGCCAGGAGGGCUUGCUCUGGAGUUCAACAGGGUCCCAGCUGCCUCUGAACUUCACCCUUCUCUUUCUGCUGUGGCACUAAUGGAUGGAAUCUAAAGCAACUGUUCUGGCAGCUCUGAUAGUGGACCCAAGGUAUCUGUUAGCCAGAUACCUAGAAGGUAAAUUACAACUUUUGCAUAUAUAAGAAAAGACAACAUUGGUGCUAAAGUUGAAGCAAAUCCCAAAGAAAGGCAGAGAAGACCCUGGUUAUGCUCAAGAAAAUCAAAGGAGAAGUCCAGAGUAGACUUUGCAGUCUAAACAAGUCCAAGCUUCUCCAGUUCUGCAGUCUUUAGUACGGCUGAAGGACAAUUGAUCGGGAUGUAGUUGAGCAGGUUGUUCACUGCACGAGGGGACCUCCAGAGGGAGCUAAAGAAGGCUGAAAUCCAGCCUGUUCUCUGCUCCAGUCUGUGCACUGAAGUGCGACUGCAUCUGCUCAGUUAGGGUGCCUUUCCUUAUUUGCACAGAGGUACCAUAUGUGCUCACAGUGUGAUUCUGAUAAGGACCUCACAUUGUGCAGAAGCCUUUGUUUCAGUCUGCUCAGAUGAAUGGAGAUAUUACCUCUUCUCAGCCAGAAUCAUUUCUCAGGGUGUGUACUGUGGUUUGCCUGCUAAGAAGAUGGGUUCCUGCUUCCAAGGAGGAGCCCAGGGAAUGGAUAUGAAGCGUGGCUCUGGGACACACUGACCCUUGUGAAACCCAGCCUUGCUACGUGUCUCCAUAUCAUGUGGUGAUUGAGAGGACACAGAUUUUUUUUUCUUACCCCUGGAUCUAGACUGUGAUAAGGGGGUUGCUGGUGCCCACAAAACACAGGGACAGGGGGAACACCAGCCACAUUUAGCCCCUCUCAGCAGACUUCCCACCAGGGCUGAGGAAGAAGAUGGUCCAAGACCUCACUGCAGAGGCAAAGUCGUCAGUUUCAGAGACCCUGGCAUCCCAGGCUGGAUGUCCAGUGGUCUGUCCAGAGAACUGAGCCCAGCAGAAUGUCCAGCCUGUGGCUAGAUGGAAGUCAAUCUCACUGCACUGUCUCCUGACAGUGCCAAGCCAGGAACAGAUUCACUUAGGUAAAUCAGGGCAAAAUUAGCCCCCUUCUGUUCCUCCCUCCUGAAAAAUACAGUCCUCAAAGUGGGCUAGGAGUAGCGGUGAAUCACUGGCCUAGCAUGUGCUGCAGGAGGUAACCUGGCAGCGGAGCUCCAGGAGGGCAUGUUCCCCCUGGCUGGCUGUUUUAAUUGGCUCAGUGAUCUGAACUGGCCCCUUCCUCUCUGCCUUCCAUUCCCCAAGUCCAGCCUCAGGAGGUGCCCCUCCCCCAGCUUCCAUCCCCCACCACAGCAGUCCAGCUCUCUCUGGUCAGGAGGUGGAGACUCAGAUUGAGAAGGCGGGAGAGUCUGACCUGGUUCCUGGCCUCUAACCAGCUGAAGCAAGUGAAGCUUUUGUAGAGUGCUAAGGGGUGUGGGAAGGAGAGAGCUGGCCUGUGGUGGGAUGCCCUGGAGGAAGAGGAACCUGAUAUGCAGGAUCCAAGCAUCCCUUCUAAUUCAGAACCCUCAGGGCUUUCUAGAAGUGGCAGCCAUGGGAACAGUAGGCCGGACACUGGUUGGGGUGUGUGUGAGGCUGGAGCUCGGAACCAUGCCUCUGCCCCUGCCUUGCUUGUUUUGAAGUCUGGCUGCUGGGCAGCUACCCUCCCUUCCCAGGCUCAGUCAGAAGUGCAAAAAGAUCUCUCAGGGGCCCUGCUCAGCUCUCAGGGGAGUGAGGCUGAGUCCGAGGCUUGACUGAGCCGGGGCAUGGCAGGGAGGGGCUCCUGUCCUGCAGCUUUCCAGGAAGGCGGCUGUGAGGCUACUGUGCUUGUCUGUUGGUAAGAAGCACUGUCCUGAAGACCACUUGUCUUUCAUGGGGACUUGAUGGGAGGUGGGGAUCAGGAGAACCCAAAGCAGCAGAAGAUUCCAGGUUUGGAGUCCUAAGGGUCUUUGUGAAGAUGAGGACCUCUGGAGGCCAUCAUGGCCAACUGGCCUGAAAAGGGGUUAACCUGUGAGUCUUCGAAGAUUCCAGGGGUUUACUGUGCAGCCUUGAAAGGCCAGCUUCCCUGGAUCCCUGGCCAUGGCCUAGGUGCUCAGAACUUGCAGGCCCCUCUGUGCAGGUGGCCAGUGCCUCCCCUUCGCCUCCCUAAGUCCUCCGGGCCUUCCGGGAGAGACCCAGUGAGCUGCAGCGUUUCAUUCAUCCCCAGGUUGGUUGCCCUGGUGUCUGGGCACUCUGCCUCUGGGGCAGGGAGGGGAAUGGGGACCCAUUCUGUUGUAUGCUGUACAGAGUGUUCGGCUUUGUGUCCUUCACAUGCAUAUAUGUGUAUGUGUAUAUAUAAUUCCCGAUCAGCUGGUACAAUUUUUAAUAAAACCAUUUAAAGCAAA